GGUCUCGUGGGCCUUGAGGUAACCGCCCAGAACGUGGCUCGCCAGCCAUGGCCGCCAGCGCCGAGGCCCCCCUUGAGGACCUCGGGGAGGACGCCGCGCUGGAGGCCGUGGCUGUCUUCCUGCGCGGCUCGGGGUACGCUGGGGCCGCCGCCUCGCUGGACGCCGCGCGGCGCGACCGAGCGGCAGGGGCGCAGGGCGCCGGAGGCGGUGACGCCUUUGCGGAGCGGCUGCAGGCGCUUGCGGCCUCCCUCGGCCGGCUGAGCGCCGAGGGGGGGCGGGGCGCGGCGCAGGAGAGCGAGGCGACGCUGCCGCUGGCGCUGCCGGGCGGCCGAGCAGACCGCCGCAGUCCCCCGCCCGGGGCCCCGCGGCGCGCGCGGCGGACGGCAGCCCGAGCCUGUGGCUGCAGACCGCGCCGCUCUCGGCGCACUACGUGGCCGGGCGGCCUGGGGGCUUCGGGGACCCCGGGGACGACUUCGACCCGACGGAUCCCGGACCUGUACCGCGACGACGCCGACCCGGGGUACCGGAUGCGCGAGGUGCUGGAGUCGGAGCUCACGGCCGCGCUGCGGGACGACGCGCAGCCAGCCGGGUUCCGCCCGGCCUUCGGCGGCACCGCGGCCUUCGGGUGCGACGGCGUGUCGGACCCUGGACUGCCCCGCGUUCGGCAGCGGCGGCUGCGCGACCGCCUCCUUCGGCGGCGUCGAGGCGGAGCCUGCGGCGCCGGCGGCGCCGCCCUGCGGCGACGACGACGAGCUGAUGGGCGGCAUCGCGGAGGCGCCGGCGUCCCAGCCGGCCGCGGCGGGCGGCGGCAUCGCCGGCCUGGCGAGGAAUGCGGGCACGAGCCUGUGCUCAUCGCUGGGGAUGGGCAGGGCACCGAGCGAGGUCGCGGAGGCCCCCGCCCCCGUUUUCGGCGGCCCCGCCUUCGGCGGCAUCGCCGAGCCCGCGCCGGUGUUCGGCGGCGCGGCUGGAUCCCGCCCCCCGAGCCAUCCGGGCCCGGGCGAGCCCCAGGCGGCCCAGGCGCGCAGGGCGCAGAAGGCGGAGUCGUCGCGGCGACGCCUCCCCGACGUCCCCUCGUUCGCCUUCCAGCAGCCGGCGGGCGCCGCGCGGGCGGCAGCUCGGAAGGACCAGAAAAGGCUGGCACACGGUCCAAUUUCCUCCAGCCGGAUUCGGGCGACCCCUUCUACCCGGCAGAGAUGGAUGGGAUUGUCUACGACUCCUUCCCUCUGCGCGUGGUCUUCGACAGGGACAAGACAGGCUUCGAGGACACCAAGGAGUUCCCUGUGAAAGCCAACGGUAUCAUUGCGGCCCGGUACCAGGUGCAGGAGGUCGUCGGCGCUGCCGUCUUCUCGCGCGCGGUCCAGUGCUUGGACUUGCACACGAACCGCAUGGUGUGCAUGAAGGUUAUCUCACGGAACGAUAAGGAGUACGUGGACCAAUCUCUGGAUGAAAUCAAGCUUCUCAGGUUCAUCGGUGCGAAUGCAGAGAACCUUGAUGAGAAGUGCUGUCUGCAGUUGCUCGAUUGCUUCUACCACAAGGAGCACCUCAUCAUCGUGACGGAACUGCUCAGAGAAAACCUGUACGAGUUCUCCCGGUUCAACCGGGAAUCAGGGGAGGAACCGUUCUUCACGCUGGGCCGCGUCCAGAGGAUCGCCAAGCAGAUAUUGACGGCCCUGGAGUACACGCACAGCCUCUGCCUCAUCCAUGCGGACUUGAAGCCAGAGAACGUGCUGGUCAAAUCGUACUCUCGCUGCGAGGUGAAGUUGAUCGAUUUCGGCUCCUCGUGCUUUGUUGACGACCAUCUGCCAGGCUACGUGCAGUCGCGCGCAUACCGCGCACCUGAGGUUGUGCUGGGUUGCCCGUACGACCAGAAGAUCGACAUGUGGUCGCUGGCAUGUAUAAUCGCGGAAUUGUGGACGGGAAAAGUGCUCUUCCACGCAGACUGCGCGCAGGGCGUGCUGGCUCGAAUAUUGGGCAUCAUUGGGCCCAUCCCAGAGCACAUGAUGGCCAGUGGCAGGUUCGUUCCCGAGCUUUUCACUUUCGACGGGCAGCUGUACUCGGAAGUGCCGGAGACUGCUCCGGCGGCCGCUGGCUUUGGUGUCUCUGAGCCGCGCGUGGUUCACCUCUAUGAGCCGAAGGCGUCAUCCCUGAGGCAGAGAAUGCGGACCCGCGACGACGAGUUCCUGGACUUUCUGACCAAGGUGCUCACCAUCGACCCAGCUGGCCGGCCCACAGCCGCAGAGGCGCUCCAGCACCCCUGGCUGUCUCCGGGCAGGUAUCGCGAUGGCAUACCCGCGUAGCCGCUCGCUCUGGCCGUAGGCUGUAAUACGUUGUGCUAGUCACGCGGCUUAGAAGGAGGCGCCCAAAUCAUUCAGACGGUGUCUCCGUUCUGGCGGCGUGCUGUUCUGUGCGCUCAGCGCCCCAUUUAUUUGUUUGCCCCCUCCGCGUCCGCAGGCUGCGGCCGCAGCCGCCGGCCAGACUGUGUGCUCGUCUCGACUCCUCUCCGCCGCGUCCGCCAGCCGCGUCUCGCAGCCGGCGUCAUCAACAGCACAUGCUCGGAGGCCACCAUCGUGCACGCCAACGUGGCCCUCCUCCCGCC